GCGAUGCGGUCGUAAUAUUUUACGCUAAUCGGCAUCAUAGAUUAUUUAUUGUUUAUUAAUAAUGGCACCUAUUGUCUAAUUUCCGCUUGGAGUGAUUACAACUCUCCACUGCGCUUUAUACAGUUCUCUUUGCUCCACGGUAGUUACCUGGAGACCAUAGAUCUGUGAUAUUUAAGUGAUGACACGUGGUAGCUUUACAAACUCAGGUAGACACCAGUUGAACUCCUACACAAAUGUUUAGAUAAUAUGCAAACGCGCCUCUUAGUUCAGUUCAAGAAUUUUGGUGCCAUUAGUGAGUGCGAGAAAAAUAAAUUUGUUUAAUGCUCCCAACAAGCGUACUCAGAUCGGUCACUGAGAUGGGGGACCUGGCAACCCACAGAAAUGUCAGCGUGGACCAAAUCGCGCCAAAUCCUCGCAGGAGACAUGCUAGAAAUGCCAAAUUUUACUUCUCCCAAUACUGCGGAGCGACAAGCAUCCAUGGAAUGCAGUAUUUAGGCGAGCGUGGUCGAUAUGCGAUUGAAAAAAUUGUUUGGUUCUUAAUCAUUCUCACAGUAGCCACCUGCAGCACAAUCCUGGUAUUGAAAACGUAUAGAAAAUGGGUAACCUCGCCUGUGAUCGUAUCUUUUGCAACCUCCGAAAAUUCGAUAAGUGAAAUUCCUUUUCCCGCCGUCACAAUCUGCCCGGUAGUCAAAUCCAACGUGGAGACGUUUAACUUUACAGACGCGUACCUCAAAAAAAUACUCGGAACUGAGCUGCCACCAUUUGACGAAGAAGCGUGGAGAAGCCUUUCGUUGAUAUGUUCAAUAGACUUACCGGCGAGUGAAACCGAUGACGACCUUUUUGUAAAUGACACGGCAGUUGCUAUGCUACUAAAUGUGUUUCCCGAGCUCGACUCUGAAAAUAUAUCUGAACUGAAAUGGCGAGGAAAAAUUUUAGAUCCUAACGAGUAUUUCUCUUACACUUUCACCAGUGAAGGUAUCUGCUAUUCCUUUAAUAUGCUGGAUGCAGGAGAUAUAAUUAAAAAUCCUGAAGAAUACACAAUACCAACUGAUAGAAAAUCGCAUAACGUUCGAGAAUGGUCACUAGACAAGGGUUAUUCUACAUCUGAUAUAGAUGACAGUUAUCCCAUGAGAACAUUUGUAUCUGGUGCGCUGGGGGGAUUCGUAUUUGAUGCAAUGACAACGAAAAGGAAGGACCUAGACUAUUUAUGCCAGGAAUCACUGCAGGGAUAUAAGGUCGUGCUUCACCAUCCAGCGGAAUGGCCUAAUCUCGAUAGACACUUUCGAGUACCACUAAAUAGCGCGGUCGAUGUGGGUAUCAAGCCAAGGGUAACAGGUGUCUCACCUACACUGAGAGAUUACGACCCAAAGCGUAGGAAAUGCUACUUCACCGAGGAAAGGCAGUUGACAUACUUCCGAAAAUACACCCAGACCAACUGCCUUCAAGAAUGCCUAUCGAACUACACGCUGAGAACGUGCGGUUGUUUGGGAUUUUACAUGCCAAAGGAUAGAGACACGCCUAUAUGCGGACCUGGUAACCUACCCUGCCUUUAUCAAAGUAAAAUCGACUAUCCCAAGCACGACAAGGAGGCGUGCUUCUGUCUUCCAUCUUGCACAUCGCUGGAAUACGACAUAGAACUCUCUAUUAUCGACUGGGACUGGCAUAGAGCAAUUAAUGCAAUGCGUGCAGUGUCUCAUAAAAAUUACACUAUGGAGUUUGAGAAAUUGUACUUAGCGCGACUGUCCAUAUUCUUUAAAGACAUGCAAUUUCUGGCAUCCGAGCGAAACGAGCUGUACGGUUUCGUCGAUUUUCUUUCAAGCAUCGGAGGAUUGCUGGGAUUAUUCAUAGGAAUCUCAAUCACCUCCUUUAUUGAGGUUAUCUACUUUUGUACCCUAAGGCUGUGGUGCAACCUCAAAAAAUAUGGCCCCGGAUAUUGGUCGGGCGAACCGGAUUUGGUUGACGAGGACGAGCAGAAUGGUGCCAAAGUGUUGUGAUAUUUAAUUGAAAUAAUUGUUCUUAAUAGGUCAGCUUGACGUUCCGCAUCUGGACGGAUCUAAAUUUGGAUAUAUGUAAUAAACUGUGACCUAUUGUUGGAUAAAAUUCAAUUAAUUAAUUCACUACAUUAAUAGUUGUCUAAUUAGAAUAAUAUUAAGUGCGCGAUAAGUCAUGAAGAUCUGUUUACGAGACUUUUUUGUAUAGCUUCAUAGUGAUCUAGAAUUAUAAUUGUACUUGAGGUGAAAUAUUACUUCGUGAAAAUUGUAAAUAAACUACUUACACCAGA